UUCACGGCGGAGAUUAACCGACCAUUCUCCUGAUCCGACCCAGUAAUCAUCCCUUCUUCAUAGCCCAUCCCCUGGUUCCGUUGCAAGAGAGGAGUCAGUCGGAGAAAGCAAAAUAUCAAAACUGCCAACGCUCCCAGGGACUGAGAAACCAUGGAGAAGGAGAGGGAGCGGCAGUUAUACUUGGCGAGACUCGCUGAACAAGCAGAGAGAUAUGCCGAUAUGGUUGAAGCUAUGAAAGGUGUUGCUAAAUUAGGUGUGGACCUGACAGCUGAGGAGAGGAACCUUGUAUCCGUUGGGUAUAAAAAUGUAAUUGGAGCAAGAAGGGCAUCAUGGCGGAUACUGUCGUCCAUUGAGCAAAAGGAGGAGGGUAAGGGUCAUGAAUUGAAUGUGAAGAGGAUAAAGGACUACAGACUGAGAGUUGAAGAUGAGCUCUCAAAUAUCUGCCAUGACAUAUUAUCGGUCAUAGACAAGCACCUCCUUCCCUCUUCCUCAACUGGGGAAUCAACUGUUUUCUACUAUAAGAUGAAAGGAGAUUACUACCGUUAUUUAGCUGAGUUUAAAUCGGGUGAUCAUCGCAAAGAAGCUGCAGACGAAGCACUUAGGGCAUAUGAGGCUGCCAGUAGUACUGCUGCCUCUGAUUUGCCCCCAACUCAUCCAAUCAGACUUGGCCUGGCAUUGAACUUUUCUGUUUUCUACUAUGAGAUAUUAAACUCUCCUGAGAGGGCCUGCCAUCUGGCCAAGCAAGCAUUUGAUGACGCUAGUGCUGAACUUGAUAAUCUCAAUGAAGAAUCCUACAAGGAUGGGGCCCUAAUUAUGCAGCUUUUGAGGGACAAUCUCACCCUAUGGACCUCAGACCUGACUGAGGAGGGAGCUGAGCCAUCAAAAGUUGAUGAAUCUCAGGCAGAGGAAAGAUAAAGCUAGUGUAAGUGAUGUGUCACUACUUUGCAGCUGUUAGUGGGCUACUUGCUAGAGUUUAACUCCGUUUGUAUCAUAUAUUUUCUGCAUGGAUCAAUUGCUGAUGUGAGUUCAUUUGGUGGGGUAGUUGGAUAGGAAACUGUCGUGUAAAGAAUGGAUUUGGUCACAUAAGAGCUAGCGGAGCUGAAGUGUUCGUUCAGUAGUGGUAAAAACGACUCUUCGGCUUGUUUGUAUGGAUUUUACUCUCUUACUUUUCAGAAACACCGGAUCUGCUAGCCUGUACUCUGAUAAUAUUACUCUUUGCUAAUGAUGACUAACACUUCCGUUAUUCCCA